GGGCGGGGCGCGGCGGCCGGGGCGGGCGCGAUGGCGGCGGCGCUGUCGGAGGUGCCGGACGUGGAGAUCGACGACGGCGGCGUCUUCAAGUACGUGCUGGUGCGCGUACGCGCGGCCGGCGGGCCCGGCAAGGACGUCGUGCGCGGCCACGGCUGGGCCGAGUACCACGCCGACAUCUUGGAGCGCACGGCGCAGGAGCUGGCGCGGCGGGGCCUGGACUGCGAGUGCCUGGGGGGCGGCCGCCUCGCCCACCGCCCCGAGGAGAGGAAGAUACACGUCUACGGGUAUUCCGUGGGCUUCGGGCGAGCGGACCACUCUGUGACUACAGAGAAGCUGAAAGCCAAGUAUCCGGACUACGAGAUCACCUGGGCAGAUGAAGGCUACUGACUGUCUCUGGCUGGGCAGCUGUGCUAGCCUGGAACUGGCACAGGCUCCCCAUGCUCUGCAGCACCCUGGGUUCUCCUGGUUUUCCUUUGUGUUGAACUGACCCAUUCUCCACUGUUACCAGACUUCCCACGUGCCACGGGUGCCCCUUUCCUCCCCGGCACAGCGCGGCAAAGCCUUGGUGAAGCUGGGCCUCCACCCUGGCUUUCCUGGUGGCCAGGGGUAUGUCCCACACGUGUAUGUGAAAAUUAAACACGUUGGGGAGUGAA